UAUUGUCCGAAAUUAAAAAUGAGUGAUCGUCUUAAAGAACUCCGCGAAAAAUCUAAGAAAAGAAAGGAACUCCUUGCGCAACAGCUUGGAGUGUCAGAUCCAACCAAACUUAAAGAUGUCCUCAACUGUAAAGAUGACCAUCAAGAAAAACAAGACCAAAAAUCUGACAGUUCCGCUAACAGUCCUCCCCAGAAAAAGAAGCUACUGAGCGACAGUGCAGAGAACUUACCGUUGAUUGAUACUAGUAAAGGCAUCAAGUGGGUUGCCCCAGAACUGCCAGUAGAAAAGGCUGACGUCACUGAUGAUCCAUUCCAAGAAGUAGAGGAGGUCUACACAGACUCGAGUGCUUUCUUGAAGGGCACUCAGAGUGCCAACCCACACAAUGAUUACUGCCAACACUUUGUAGACACUGGAGAGAGACCACAGAAUUUCAUCCGAGAUGUUGGAUUGGCUAAUAGGUUUGAAGAAUACCCAAAGCUGAGGGAGUUGAUUCGGCUGAAAGAUGAGAUCAUUGCAAAAACUGCCUCGCCUCCGAUGUACUUAAAAUGUGACUUGGAAACAUUCGACGUUCGUGAAUUGGGCACCAAAUUUGACGUGAUCCUCCUUGAGCCGCCCCUGGAGGAAUACCAGCGGCACGGCUGUAACUAUGACAAGUACUGGAAUUGGGAAGAGAUUGAGAAACUAGAAAUCAAUGAAAUCUCGGCCGUCCGGUCUUUUCUCUGGAUCUGGUGUGGCUCCAGUGAUGGCCUGGACUAUGGAAGACGAUGUCUGAAGAAGUGGGGAUUCCGUCGCUGUGAAGACAUCUGUUGGAUCAAGACGAACAUAAAGAAUCCUGGACAUAACAAAAAUUUGGAACCAAGAUCAAUCUUUCAGAGAACAAAGGAGCACUGCCUAAUGGGCAUCAAAGGAACAGUAAGGAGGAGCACAGACGGAGACUUCAUCCAUGCUAAUGUUGACAUUGACUUAAUCAUUGCCGAGGAAGCAGACUACGGAAGCAAGGAGAAGCCGGUUGAGAUCUUCCACAUGAUGGAACAUUUCUGUCUCGGUAGGAGGCGUCUCCAUAUGUUUGGCAGAGACACAACAAUCCGGCCAGGUUGGGUCACUAUUGGGUCCGAACUGACGAGUUCAAACUUUGAUCCGGAGACUUAUGCCAAUCACUUUAAUCAGGCGGAGGAUGGACAUCUGACUGGUUGCACUGACGAGAUUGAGAGAUUGAGACCAAAGUCGCCCCCGCCAAAGAAUGGUGGGCGUGGUGGCGCUAGAGGGGGCGGUUGGAGAGGUGGGCAAAGGGGAGGUCCUCCUAGGGGAGGUGGGAGAGGCUUCAGAGGUGGUGGGCCCCCUAGAUAAUGGAUUUAGAAUAAUUUGAGUACAGAGUACAUGUAUUUCAUCAGCUCAUCAUCUCUCCUCAAGUUGGAUGUUAUUUCUUCCAAUGUCAGCUUUCUUGUAAGAUUGUGUAUGCUGAUCAGCAAGUCGGCUACCACGGUUCUGAAUUGGCUUCCUCAAGCACACCUUGACUUACCAAGGGGAAUAACGAUUAAAGCACUCUACGGUAAUUGCUCUGCACAUACUCGUACAUGUAGUAGAGUUUACUGGUGAAAGGUAUAUGAAGAGGAAAGUGCCCCUGUAUUUUUGAAAAUGACCCCCUCUCUGGAAAUCUUGGCUACGCCAGUGAGUGUCAUCUUCACUCUCAAGUUUGGAUUCGGCUGUGCGAAAGCAGAGCGGAGACUGAGGAGAGAUUGGUGGAUGCGUCUUAGAAUAAGUUGUUCACGUACGAAAGGCAUUUUGGUUUAGUAAUUGUAUAUUUCUGCCUCAUUCCGUCUGCACGUAAACUGGAACAUGCAGACAUUAAUACGUAUUUAUGUGAUGUGUUCAUUUUGUUAGUAUCAAGUAGUUUAUGUACAUGAAUGCAUUGUCUUAGAAAUGAAGGACUGAAUUCUGAUAUUUUUUGUCAUUUUAUACGAAGUUGUGACUGUCAACUUAUUAAAAGGAUCAUGGUCAGAGCCUUCCACGAAGCCCAUCUAUUUGCCCCAGGCUGGCAGUAAGCACCCUUCAGUAAAACGCCUCCAUUGUCAAUUCAUUAUUUUUCCUUUAUUUAAGAAAAUUGGACUAAAUAACAGAAUAUACUAUUUUCUGGUGUCCAUCUUUUACUAGACUCCCUGGGCAGCACAUUGUGUCAUCCUAAUUGGGUCCCCUUGUGGUGAGGAACCAGGCCGGUCCACUGCAUCUGGAGUGUAUCUUUUACAUGUAUGCACGAUUUCGUUACUAAUGUGUCCAAGGAAACAGGGUGCCUACAUUUAAUCAAUUGAGCAUAGACCAAAAUAAGUCUGUAGGUGCAUUUGACCAUAUUUGCAUGUGUUCGGUGUAAUUAUCAGUGAGCAAUGUACACAAUGUAUUCGACCAUGAAUUGUUUAAAAUAAUCGGGAAUAAACUUUUUACAGUACGAUA